AUGUGGAAAAUACCAAGGAGUUUUUCGCUCACUGGUAGAUUGUGCUGCUUUCCCAAGGAUCCGCUGGGGGAUGUUGAGACUUGGAGUGAGUCCGUGGACAAAGUCCUCAGUUGUAAAGCCGGACAGAUAGCUUUGCGGGAGUUCUUGAAGUCGGAGUACAGCGAGGAGAACAUACUGUUUUGGAUUGCCUGUGAGGAGUACAAGAAAAUCAAGACGGUCCCAGAGAUGAUCUCGUCUGCAAACAGGAUCUACUCAGAGUUUGUCCAAACAGAAGCCCCCCGACAGAUCAACAUAGAUUGCACUACCAGAGAAAACAUAACGAAGAACAUCUCCAAGCCGACCCUGAAUUCGUUCGACACGGCGCAGAAGCUCAUCUACAGCCUGAUGGCCAGGGAUUGUUACCCCCGGUUCCUAAAAUCGGAUCUUUAUCAAGGACUCCUGAGGAGAGCUGAUUCAAGGUGA